CGACCCAAGAAGAAGAAACGCGCCCCGGCUGUGACCUGCUGCUGUUUGAUAAUGUUAUUUUAAAAAAUGGGUUUUUAGUUUAAAACACAGUCAUGUUCAACCUGAGGAGCCUGCAGAAAAAUAAAACGGUUCGGUACGGAGUCCCGAUGCUCCUGCUGGUGGUCGGUGGCUCCUUCGGCCUGCGGGAGUUCACACAAAUCCGCUACGAUGCCCAGAAGAUCAGGAAAAGGCUGGACCCGGCGCUGGAGGCCAGAGUGGACACGGAGCGGCAGUCGGUCAUCCUGGAGGAGGAGUAUGAGAAGAUGAAGCAGAGCAACCUGGACGAGUGGAGGAACAUCCGCGGCCCGCGGCCCUGGGAGGACUCCAGGGAGUACCAGGAGCAGCAGCGCCGGAGGGAUAACUGAGGAUCAUCGGAUCAUCGCUGAGAGGUCAGAGGAGACGCCACGGACCUGGACCUGGACCAGGACCAGGACCAGGACCAGGACCAGGACCGCCUGGGAGCAGACGGACGUCGGUACGAA